CACCACGCCUGCUCUCGUCCUCGUAACCCUCUUCCCUUUACCACCUCUCUCUCCGCCCCCCGAAACCAUGCAUUCAAAACCAAUCUCCCAUCUCCUCAUCUCCACCACCCAUAACACCAGUGGCGUUGCCGCCGGUGACCCCUCUUCGACGCGAUAACCCCACCGCGACCGCGCCAUGGCCGGACUGGCUUCGCUGUGGUGGCCUCUACGGCCCCUCAUGGUCCUCCUCAUCCUCACGGCAUCCUCCCACCUCUCCCUCUCCGAGGAUGCGGACGUCCUCCUCAAGUUCAAGGAGACGCUGGCCGCCAACGGCGGCGGUGCUGCGCUGGGUAACUGGGUCGCCGGCUCGACGCCAUGCAACGGGAAGGCCUCGCUGUGGACCGGCGUCAUUUGCUACAACGGGGACGUCCACGGGCUGCAGCUGGAGAACAUGAAGCUGUCAGGAAAUCUAUUGAUCGACGUCCUCGUGGAUCUGCCAGCCCUCCGCACCCUGAGCUUGAUGAACAACGACCUGGAGGGGCCCAUCCCGGACAUCGCGAAGCUGCCGGCGCUCAAGACCAUAUACCUGUCCAACAACAGGUUCUCCGGCGGGAUUGCCGACGACGUGUUUAAGAAGCUCCGGGCCAUGAAGAAGGUGCACCUGUCGCGCAACCAGUUCACCGGGCCGAUCCCGACGUCGCUCGUCGGGCUGACGAGGCUCCUGGAGCUGAGGCUGGACGGCAAUAAGUUCGAGGGAUCGAUACCGGAUCUGCGGCAGCCGGAGCUCUACCUGGCGAACAUGUCCUAUAACAACCUGGAGGGACCAAUUCCGGUUGGGCUCAGCAAGAUGAAAGCUAGCAUGUUUGAAGGCAACAAGAAUCUUUGCGGUCCUCCACUUGAUGUCCCAUGCACAAAAUCUUCAUCACCAUCAUCAUCAUCAGAAUCACCAUCAUCAUCAGAAUCACCAUCAUCAUCGAUGAAGGAGAAGAAGAUCUCCCCUGCUCUUCUAGUUGUCAUCAUAGUGAUAGCUAUUGGAGUACUACUAGCAAUCAUUGGCAUGAUCUUGUUCAUCGUCCGCCGCCGUCGUGAACAGACGGAACCAGGCGUUCUUCCACCCAGCAAAACCAAGAAGACCGAUCCUUCAGAGGCAGACAAGCUGGAACGGGUCGCAGUGGAUUCCAGUGGGGAAGGGAAGAAGGUCGCAAAUGCAGAGCACGUUAAGCUGACGUUUGUUAAGGAGGGGGUGCAGAGGUUUGAGCUACAGGAACUGCUCAAGGCUUCCGCUGAGGUGCUGGGCAGUGGGAACUUUGGGUCCUCGUACAAGGCCAUCCUUUUUGACGGUCCGACGGUGGUCGUCAAGAGGUUCAACAAGAUGAAUGCCGCCGGGAGGGAAGACUUCCAGGAGCACAUGCGAAGGCUGGGGAGAUUGUCUCACCCCAAUCUGCUGCCUCUUGUGGCCUACUACUACAAGAAGGAGGAGAAGCUAUUAGUCACUCAUUACAUCCCUAAUGGUAGCUUGGCUCAUAUGCUCCAUGGUAGAGGUGGCUCCGCUCUUCGACCACUUGAUUGGCCCACACGCCUGAAAAUAGUGAAGGGUGUAGCAAGAGGCCUUGCAUUCCUCUACGAGGAGCUCCCGAUGUUGACCGUACCUCAUGGCCAUCUCAAGUCCUCCAACGUGCUUCUCGACGACUCCUUCGAGCCCCUCCUUACGGACUACGCCCUGGUGCCGGUGAUGAACCAGACCCAUGCCUCGCAGAUCAUGGUGGCCUACAAGUCCCCGGAAUGCGCAGAACGCGGCAGGCCAUCCAGGAAAAGCGAUGCAUGGAGCUUUGGGAUAUUGAUGCUAGAGAUAUUGACGGGGAGGUUUCCAGCCAAUUAUCUGCGGCAGGGCCGAGCAGGCACGGACUUGGCGAGCUGGGUGAACUCUGUUGUGAGAGAGGAGUGGACUGGCGAAGUGUUCGACAAAGAGAUAAGUGGGACUAAGGAUGGUGAGGGAGAGAUGCUGAAGUUGCUUCAGAUUGCAUUGGGUUGCUGUGAGACGGAUGUCGAUAAGAGGUGGGAUCUGAGGAUGGCGCUCGAAAAGAUCGAAGGAUUGAGAGAGAAGGAAAGUGAUGAGGACUACUCUUCAUUUGCCAGCGAGGGAGAGGCGACUAUGUCGAAAACUAUGACUGACGAUGACUUCUCUUUCUCGACAAUUCACUGAGUUUCUUCUCAGUGAGGAAGCUUGGAGAAAAUGCGGCGUUUGAGCAUUUACGUUUCGAUUUAAAGCAUUUUUAGGUGGAUUACUGGUGGUGUAGUCUUCUCCUCUAUAAGCUUUUCGAGUGUGUAAAGUGGUAGAUUCGUAAUAAUUUGAUGUGCUGUAUUAGGAUUUCAGCCUGAUCAAUUCCUAUUUCUCUCCACAUUUCUCUUUCUGCUUCUAAA